UUGUGUUUUCGAGUUUUCAGUUAGUUAGGGUUGGGAGAUAUGUAGGAGCGGAGGUCGUCGGUUGUCUGGCCGGCGAGGUGCGGUAUCCGUAAUGUGAUUGCUGUCCGAGCGUCGGACACGCGGGACAGUAUGCCGUUCGUGAAGCGAGUGGUGCAGCCAACGCUGCUGUGUCGCGCCUCGGACACUGCCCGGACGCAGGCAGGGGCGGCUCCUGCGGGACGCCUGCUGCAGGACGAUAGCGAGCUGGUGGCGGUCAACAACUGCGCCCUGAGCAACGUCAUCCGCCAGCUCUCCUCCCUCGCCGGACACGCGGACGAGAUCUUCGGACAGCUGAAGGCGGAGCUCGGCCAGAUCAAUGCCAGGGCGUCCGGCGUCCGGGAGCGCCUCGAGAGCCUGCAGGCGCGCGCCGAGGAUCUCAACGCGCGCACCGUCACCGUUCCCGAGGGCGACCUGACCACUUACUGGCAGCACAAGGCGCACUUUUUCAAGGCGAAGCAGCCAAUUGUGAGCGGAUUGUUCACGCCUGAGUCGCGUCCGAUCGAGUUGCAGCGCUUGUACGAUGCUGCCGGACAGACUCCAGUCCUCAAGAUGCGCCAGAUGGACCGCCUGCGCAGGGACGGCAAACGCGCCUCCAAGAUAUUCAUGUGUACGCCCGUGCUCAGCACAGAGGAGAACCGAAAGGCACGUAAAAGGUCCGCCCUCAACGACAUCGAGACUAGCAAGCCGGCGUCUCUGUCACGAAUCCGUGAGUGGCGGUCAAGCGAGGUGCUAGGUUCAUCCGUGGCGCCGCCCGACGUGAGCCUGGCGGCGCCGGUGAACGCUUCGGAUCUUCUUGAGCACCUACUACCAUCGCCUGAGGAGCAGCUCAGUGUAAUCGCGCGCCACUUCCCUCCGGAGAUGGUGGCGGUCGACGUCACUGGACGCAACUUCGACCGCCAGCAGAGAAGUCGGCGCUCACUGUCGCAAAUCGACACGCGCAGGGCCGAGAGGCACCGCAAGCGCCGUUCGUUGCGGCGCAACACCAUCGCGGGCACCAGCGAAGCAGAGCUGUUGCGACAAGCGGCUGACGGGGCAAGCCAACUCGGUGGCAGCGAGUCAAUCGAGGUGGACUCGUCCCUGCAGAGUCUCCCGGGCAGCAAGCGGAAGCUGUCCUCCGACAAGGUGUCCGACCGGGUGCUGUGCCACCUGAACAGCCUGCGCGAGUGGGGCAGGCAGCGGUUGUCGCGUGCCCGCGAGCAGCAGCAGCCCACCGACCUGUACGAGACCCUGACGCACAUCAGGCGGCCGCGCAGCACCAGUCCGCACGUACGCUUGCGUGCGCACGCCGGACGCAAGAAUAAAUUGGACGUGCACUCGUCGUCGGGCAACUGGAGCGCCAGCAGCAGCAGCGCCAGGGCCAGCGUCGAGUCCAGCUCGGACCACAGGACCACGUCGCACCUGCCUACUUCCUCCAGCAGCAGCACCUGCGACUCGGCCCUCUCAGUUCGCAGAACCAAGGUGGCUCUCUCCAUCUCUUCGUCCAACUCGAGGGAAUCCCCCGACCUUCAUGUUUCAGAUUCGACUGGUUUCAAUGAUGGAGAAACGAGUUCUAUCUACUCGUGCGACACCGAGGGCUACUACACGUCGUUCCACGUGGACAGCGGGCUGAAGACCCUGCGCGAGGAGCCUUUGGAGUCGACCAACAGCAGCGGUAACAUCACCGUUUGCGCGGCGGCCAUCAGCACCAAGGCCCUGAGCUGCGAGAACGAGUAUGAGUUGUUUGGCAAAGGCAGCACCAGCACCACAGCCAGUUCGGCGGGCACAAUUUGCACAGUCAAAGCGCCGCCAUCACCUCCGCUGAGGAAGAGCAGUCUCGAGCACUUGGAUGUCAGCAGUGACGCUGAGGCGGUUGAACGGAGGGCGCGGGUCAGAAAGGCACUUGACACCAACAGGGUGCCGUCGAUGUGUGUGAUCACACCUCCGCAGAGCGAGGACGAACAGGCGGCCUCUCCGGUGGGCUCGCCGCCGCCGGAGCCGCAGAAGCGAGCGAGUCCACAGCUCAGGGCGCUGCUGCCCUUCAACAACAUCGUGGGUCGGGUUAGGGAUGCAUUGCGCAAAUCGCCACAAAAGGAGAGUCUACCGCCCACGCCUGUAGAGAGCCCCGUGGACGAAUAUGUGACGAUCGCGUCAACGGAAGCUGCAGUGCGCGUUGCGCAAGGCGAGUACGUGUCACUGAACGAGCUGCCGCUCGGCGGGGGUGACUCUGGCAGUGAGGGCAGCGCUAAAUCGCCGGCCAACUCGCUGGAGCGGCGACGACGCAACGCUGGCGCCAGGGUGUUGCUCGACUCGGAUGGAAAAGUUGUCUACUCGUCCGAUAGUCUGCGCCGCAAACCCAAGAACACCACUUUCGAGCCGGGGCCGUGCGUCAAGACGGAGAGCCCACCCACGCGCGCCCACCAGAGGGUCAUCAUCAAGGCCAAGGACGUGCCAUGCACGAGCCCACCCGCCACCUCUGCCGCUUGCAAGGCAGGCCCGCACGUCGACAUGCUCAAGCUCAUUGAACAGGAGCAGCAGCAGGGCGAGGAGGCGCAUGCUCGCUCGGAAAAUAUCGAUCCGCAGAGCUGGGCGCGGAUCAGACGCAACGAGAGCUACCGCCUGGCCGCCUCGCAGCACAACAACCCCCAGCAGCAGCAGCAGCAGCAGCAGCAGCCGCCGCCGCCGUCGGCCGCCGAAGAUGUGAAGCGGGUGCUUAACCCCAACACGGCCGGAAGAAGGUUCUACGGCGCCAAAAUCAUGGUCGACCCCGGCAGAAUGGGCCGUCCGCUUCACGGGGCCCUGUACGAGCCGCACGGGUCCCCGCUGGGCCGCGUCACCCUGCCGUCGGACACGCAGCGGGCCCGAGUGCUCGGCUCAGGCCUGUCAAACGGCACCAACGGCUUCCACCAACAACCCUAUACAGGACACAACGGUGUCUACACAAACACUUAUGGCGGCAGUCAGCACCUGAACGCGCCUUUCUGGACAAUGCCACGUUCUGCCAUGGAACCUGGUGUGUCCAGCCUCAGCUCUACGCCCACGAAGCACAACUUCCGCAUGCCAGACUGUAACCUAAGCCCAAUCAGCAGCCCCUCGUCGCCGCUUGCGUCCCCAGGCGCCCGGCGGCCUCUCUUCAAUCAGCCUCGCUCUACGAUGAGCACUGAUGAGUUAUACGCUGCAAUCCACAAAAGCAAGAAGAAGAUGAACAUUAAGGAUUCUUCUCCAGUUACGUCGAGCUGCAGCAGUCCAGUGGACUGUGACCGCGCAAGCCCCGCCGGCCCCCCAGGAACCCCAGGCAGCAGGCACAGCUGGAGUCCAAGCUCUGCUGAGGCGCUAAACGGGGUCAGUGUGUCAGCGCGCAACAGCUUCAAGCGGCUGCUGCUGGAGAAGGGCUGCCAGAAGGGCAAGGAGCGUAGGAUGUCGGCGGUGGAGCAGCUGAUGGCCACGAAAGGGCAGUUUGCCCCCAGCCAGCGGUCUCCGCAGCAAACGCUGCACCACAGCCUGAGCAGGAGGCGGUACCGGCACACGGACGUGCUCUCGACCACGAUUGCUGAGGAGAGUGAGCCGCAGGCGUACAGGCACGUGACCGCCUCCUACCUGCAGCACCGCAUCGAUCAGAUGUGUCUGUCUCCCAGGCUGUCCGCCUCACGGACGCCCAUCAUCAUCACUAAACCGCCGAGCCCGUCAAAGAUGUCACUCGAGACUUCGCUGUAGGCCGUCAGGGCUGAUUGCACUGGAAAAAACCGGAUUGGAGAGUUCAUGCUGUUUUUGGCACCAAUUAUUGCAGUUUUGGCCUAAAUUUUAUACAUUUAAAAUGGGGAAGCGUACUGCGUUCAAAUGGCGGAAUUUGUCCAAAACGUGUAGUUCUGGACUAGACUGACUGAGGAGUAAGAUUUAAAAAAUUAACGGGAAUGUCCGCAAAUAUGUCACUCAUCGGAAAAAAAUUGAAUCAGAUUUUCCGGACAUAUUCCAUUUUUGUCGGAUAUUGUCGAAAGCGCUUGGACAAAGUAUGGCGGCCCUUUUAAACACAUUCCACGGAAUUCAAAUAUUUGCACCGUGUCACUCGAAUAUUUUGCUCAUUAAAAUUCCAGAUGCAUUUAGAGCAAUGCACAAAAGUUGACUUGAGCAAGUUAAAAUGAUUUUCAGCGUGUAGUUGGAAUUGAAAAGUCGUUCGCCAAAUUUAUGUCGCGAUUUUGAACACGCUCCAGUGCAAAGUUGUGAUUUUGUCAGAGCGCAUCCUUGGUUCCUUUAGCUGUAGUGCCAAAAUAAAUGGUAAGCGCGGGACCAAACUCGAAAAACUAUAAGCACCGGUCAAAAUACAUGUCGAGUCUGAAAAACCGCCUACCUCCAGCAAAGUUGAGACGAUGAACUGUUUGCAUCAAUAAAAUAUGUACUUAAAAAGCUUGUCGAGUCACACUCCAAAAUAUAUAGGACUGCAUGGCCACAUUUUGCCCAGCAUUUUAGCCUGUCACACCGCAUUCCAAAGUCUAAAAGCUGCUUAAAAAAAGAUAAACUGAAAGAAGUAUACAAUCACAUUGCGAGAGAUAAACUUCUAAUGCUAUUGGAAAAAACUCCCUAUACAUACAUAAACGCUAAAUAUAAAAUAUUAAGUGUUCACUAACAGCUUUAAAGCUUCCUACACGGUUAAAAUUAUACUAUAUCGCUCUGAGCAUUUUUGGAUGUUUCAAAUUCACAUAUCUCACAAUUGUAGUGUCUCAAGUAUCGAGUUUAAUCUGCAACUAAAACAUAUCUCCUAAAUAUUUAGAGCUGAAAUAUUGGAUUUGCGUCGUGUGACAGGCAACAACAAACACAAUUAAAAAAAGUCACUGCUGCUCUUUUGCCAUAGCAAAAGAGACAAAUCGAAUUAAAUUGGCAUGUGACCAUUAUAUAUCAUUGAAAUUAGUACGAAAUAUAUUCUCUUGCACUGCUGCUGCGCAAUGAAGAAAGCAAAAGUUGAGAAGAGAGUAAAGAUUUAAUACGUUUGUGAGCGCAUCGAGAAGCAAUUUUGCAUCAUGUGGCCUUAUGUACAUGAAAAGAUGAACUCAAAUAGAUGUGUAAUAUCACGUUUAAAAGACCAGGUCAAUUAGACUAGCAACGCAAUUAUAUCAGCAACUCCAGUACCGAAGUGGACAUAUUGACGCUGUAGAUUUUAUUGUUUUACGACGGCCGUAAAGUUAAUCAUUCUCGUCCUAACAUUAAAAGUAGGCCUAAUAUACUAAUUUUAUUAUCUGACUUUUGUGUAAAUAUGGUGUAAAUGCUUUGUUUCUUGUAUUAACUUAUUUCCUGCCUGUAUUCGGUAUAUUUUCCCUUGCGUGUCUGAAACUUUUCAGUUAUGUCCAUAACAAUCCUAUACGAAUCCUACAAAGAAAUUUAUAGUCAAUUUCGUAAUCUAGACGCGUCUCUCUUCUUGUUGUUGAAUCUUCGGUUUGUUGACAUAUUUUUCACAAUAAAAUUUCGCUUCACAGUG